CCGACCGCACCUCAUGUCGGAGAUUGCGGAUGUCAGUUCCGCUUCUUUGUUUCUCUUGCACAGUAACAGCAACGAAAAAAGCAGAAAUUUCAAAACCCUAGCGCUUAGAUCCACAUCCACUCCUAGAAUAACCUUUUAACUCUUUUUCCCUUCCUAUUUUCUCCUCCUCCUUCAAUCUUUGCCUCAAAUGAAACCUAGGGCUUCUCCAUGUGCUCUCUCAUCGAAGCAAAGCACGAUUCCAAAGGGGCAAAAGGAAUCCUGCGCUGGAGUUCAUUUGAACUAGAACAAUUCCCACUUCAACCAGCCGAUCUCUCGGCGAUUUGGGGUAAUUCGUCAGAACUAAAGGGAUUUAGCGCUUAAUCCCCGGAUAAUCGUGCUCGCCAUGGCGCAGACUAGCAUUCGGCAGAGAAGGACAACGCUCCUUGAGCAGAUCUCCAUGAUGGAGCCCACAAACCUCCGCGACCUCCUCAAUAUGCAUGAGGAAGACAGCUUCUCCGUCGCCAGUCGCCCUGGUGGCAGGGCUGUAACCCUAGCGUCGAUCCUGGAGUCGGAAAAGCGCGGCGAGCGAAGGCUUCUCGACAUCCUCCGGGAGGAAGGCGAAAGCAGCGGGAUGCCGCCGGAGACGGCGGAGGAGCGAGCGAUUAGGGUUCCGCUGAUGACGUUGAUGGAGCUAACCGAUGAGCUUGGAGGAGAUGACACGACAACCACCGUCGCCUGCAGCGGCGGCGGAAGCGAUGCGGUGGCGGAGGAGAUGGUGUGCUGUGUCUGCUUGGUGAGGAAGAAAGGGGCGGCGUUCAUCCCUUGUGGGCACACGUAUUGCAGGGUGUGCUCGCGGGAGCUGUGGGCCGUAAGGGGGUGCUGCCCACUCUGCAAUGGCGUUGUCGCUGAUGUUCUUGAUAUAUUCUGAUUUAUGGGUGCCAACAACCUGGUAAAGAUUUUGGAUCAAAUUCUUUCUAUAAUUUGUAUUCUGAUGACGAACUGAUGCUGAUGAUGAUGAUUUUGUGAUAUCGAUAUGUUUAAAUUUUUGCUUUUUUCUUGGAUUUUGUUUGGAUUGAAUGAUGGUAAAGGAAAUGAAAUGAAUUCUUAAAAAAAA